ACUGAAAUAUCGCCAAAAUCAAAAUAAAUAAAUUACAUGAACCUUUUCCUUGGGUCUGCAUACAUAUCUUUGCCGUUUCUUAACAACUUAUCGGGCUUCCUAUCACUUCGGUCAUUCUUUUUAUUUACCGAUUACUGAUAAUUAACAGAAUUUCAUUUUAAAAGUAUAUUAUUAUCAUUUUAAAUCUUACGAAGUGUAAGUACUUUGAAAUUUUGCCACGAUUUUUAUCGGUUUUUAUUUUACUUAGUUCGAAUGUUUGGUGUAGUAACAAUCGACUACAAUUUAGCCUUUUUAAGUGAAAUUAUUGUUUCUGUGAGGAGAACUAUCAUUACUAUUUUCGAAAGAACAAUAAUUACAGUUGUAUAUUAAAUACUCGACGACAUUCAAGUGAAAAUGGAUGGUUUUAACGAUAAGAAAGAAGUUUAUCAAGUUUGUGAAGGAAAACAUAUCAAAGAAACGACAAGUUCUCUUAAGGAUGACGGGUUAUCGAUAGAUUUGAACCGAAAGAAGAAUCGUUUUACAUGCAGACAAAAAGUAUCGUUGGCAAUAUUAGCAGCGGCAGAUUUUAUCUGCUUUUGCUCCAUGUCCAUAAUGUCGCCGUUUUAUCCAGCCAUUGCUACCAAAAAAGGAAUGACAGACACUAUGUCCGGCCUAGUGUUCGGAUUUUACGCUUUAGUAAUGUUUCUUUCUUCACCAGUGAUUGGUAAAGUACUUCCUAAAGUUGGCGCAAAGAAUAUUUUUAUUUACGGAUUAUUUGUAUCAGGAACUUCCAGUAUUAUUUUCGGAUUAUUAGAUAAAAUUGAAAGUUAUACACCAUUUGUGAUAUUAUCCUUCCUAAUAAGAGGAAUGGAAGCUUUAGGUUCUAGUGCCUAUAGUACAGCUAGUUACGUACUUAUAAUAAAUAUAUUUCCAGACCAUGCAGGAGCUGUUAGAGGCCUUCUGGAAACAUUUGUUGGAUUAGGUUUAAGUGCUGGACCCGCAGUCGGAGGAGUAUUAUUUACGGUUGGAGGGUUUGGUUUAUCAUUUUACGUUGUUGGAGUGGCCACGAUCCUGAUAGCAUUUUUAAAUAUUUAUUUAUUGGCAAAUCCUGAGAAAAAUGACUUGGAGAAAAGUGGGUCCCUAUUAAACUUGUUGAAGCUCCCUUCAGUACUAAUUACCUGCUUAAUUAUAAUUAUAAGUUCCAUGACAAGUUCAUUUCUCGAGCCGACAUUAGAACCUCAUUUAAGAAAGUUUAAUUUGACACCUAGUCAAGUGGGUCUUAUGUUCCUGUUCCUGACUGCCUCGUAUGGCAUUUUUAGUCCAAUAAUUGGCUGGUUGACUGACAAGCUAAACAAUUACUCUUGGUUAAUGACGUCGAGCCUCCUUUGCAGUUCAGUGGUUCUGUUAUUUUUGGGUCCCUCGCCGAUAUUCAGCCAAAUAAAAGAUUCAAUAUGGUUAAACAUAGUGGUUUUGAUAGCAUUAGGAAUAUUAAUUGCAAUGUCCCUUAUGCCAACCUAUCAGUAUAUACUGGAUAGUUCUAUGGAAAAUGGAUUCCACGAAUGUCUAGGAACCCACAGCGUCAUUGCCGGUUUAUGGUCAUCUGUAUAUUCCUUGGGGGAAGUUGUGGGACCAGUGUUAGGCGGUGUAUUGAUGCAACAUUUUGGAUUCCCUACACUUUCGACGACGUUUGCUAUUAUCAAUUUUGUUGCCGGUGUCAUAACGUUGAUUUAUUUUCGAAGUAAACGGUCAAAGUCAAUUGAAAAAGUACCUAAUAAAAAGGGAGAAGAUAACGUUGUAUUUUAUCUUGAAGCUACAAGUACUCCGGUAGUGGAGGAUAUUAGCAUUUGUAGUAGAUUAUAAGACGGAUAUUAAUGUCAGUUUAUAAGACUUUUAGUAUUAUUUUUUAACAUUCGACUAUUUAUAUUUUUUAUCGUUGUUUUUUAAGUAUUAUAUUUUAAAAAAUUGUAAAUAAUUGGUCUUGAUAUCUAUUUACAUCACACUUUUUUUCAUUUUGCGGUAUCUCUGUAAUGAUGUGUUACUUGUGUUCUUAA